AUGGCAUCAGUUAAUCUUGAUAAGUCAAUCAAGAACACUCCAGGCGAUCUGGAUUGCAACUACCUCUGCAGAUCCCAAAACGCCUUUGAGAACUUUUCUAAAGGCCAACAAGUCUUCACGGUAGUCGGUAUCAUCGCCCUGGUGGCUAUCGUCUUGGUGGUGCUGAGUUACUGCUUCUUCCCUCAGCUCCAGCGACUGCUCGGAAGGCCAAACAGGCAGCGACCUGAGUAUCUGGAGGGACAGGAUCCAGAAGAGCUCGGAGAAGGGAGCAGCUCGCAAGUCCGGUUCCGUGAGCCGGAGGUCACGGCGACGUACACUGAGGCUCGUGGAGGGACUGCCACGGCAUACUGGACCGAGGACGAGAGGAUUGAGGCCAGUGAUUAA